AUGGAUAUUGGUACAUUUUUGAACGAGGUUACGGCGAUUGACAACAAUAUUACGACCAUUCAAACCAAUAUUACAAAUAUUCAAAAAUUACAGUCUAAUAUCCUAGUAGCCACUUCGACGAAUGUGGUAGAAACUAUAAGUCAUGAACGUGAUAACCUUAUGAAUGAGACCCGACAGCUCCUUAUUGAAAGUAAAGACCGCAUUAAAAGGAUUGAAUAUGAAAAUGUUAGACUUCCCAAGACUGAUCCUAAUUAUGUUUUACGAACGCAAAGACACGGAUUUCUCAGGGAGAAAUUAUCUAAUAUUCUUAAUGAAUACCGUGGAGCUGAAGAUGAAUACAUAAAACAACAAACAGAGCGAACGGUUCGACAAUAUAAGAUAGUUAAUCCGAACGCUACUCAGCAAGAAAUUGAUGAUUAUAUGUCAAGUCCAUCAGGACAGCCUGUAUUUCAACAAGCACUUUUACGUACUAAUGAAUCCCAUGAUGUGUUGGAUCAAGUAAAAAAACGACACAAUGACAUUAAACGUGUUGAGGAAACCGUUGCUGAGCUUGCCACCCUUUUCAAGGAACUAUAUCUUCAGGUUGAAGCACAGGAUAAGACAGUCAUUGAUAUUGAACAAAAUGCGAUUGAUACCACAACCAAAUUAGGAAAAGCUACUAAUGAGUUGGAUAAGGCGCACGAAAGUGCUGCAGCGGCUCGAAAAAAGAAAUGGAUAUGCUUUUUAAUAGCUUUGAUAAUUAUUGCUAUUAUUGCAGCUGUUAUUAUAUACGAGGUUCUAAAGUUGAAGAAUAACAAAUAA